UCAUGACUGGUCACACUGUUCGAUAGGCAAAACCGGCACCGAUUUCUGAAAACAAAAAUUUUACCGCGUUUUUAUGCAUUUAUAACUUAAUUUGCUGCAUUAAAUAGAAAAAAACAGCAAAAAUGGAUGGCAUAACCGAGGACAUGUGGACGCCGUACAAGCAUCUCUACAGCACACUGCAACAGGCGAUUGCCCAGCCAAAGGAACUCAUUGGCGAACUGGAGCAGUGCCUCAAGAAGUACAAGCAGAACUUUUCCAAUUUUCUACGCAAUCCGCCAACUAAUGAGAAAAGUCGCAACCAGCUGAGGGCCGGCAUCAGCGAGGGCAUACCACUGGGCGCCCAGGGCCAUAAGCUGUUGCUCUCGCAGGAUCUGAUCGAUGAGGCCAUCAUAUUGUCGGAAAUGUUCGAUCUGGAUCCGCUGUUUGCCGUUGAGCUGCUGUACACCGCCCAGCGGCAGCAGAUGCAUCAUCCGGGACUGACGCGUGGCCUCGUUGCCGUCUUGCUGUACUACGAUGGCCGCAAGGCCAUGGCCUGUGCCCUGCGCGACAUGAUGCAAACAAUCAGCGGCGUGUCCUGGUUAACAGAGCUGCCCAAAGAGUUUGUUUCGUUGGUGAAUAAUUACGUGCAGAAUCUGACGGAGGAAUCGAAUUUGCUGGGGCGUCUGCUGGACAUACUCACCGAAAUGGAUGUGGUCAAGGAGAACCUCAUGCUGACAAAGAAUCGCGCCUUUGGCUCCACCAAGCAUCAGAAUCAAGUGCUGUCCUUGUACGAGGACAUCCGCAAGGCUGUCGCCAUGAGCCUCUUCAAUUAUUCCGCCCAACGUGGCCUGCCGCGGGCCAAGGCCAUACGCCUCAUGAAAAUGCUCGCCGGCUGCAAAGGCAACGAGAACAGCGCUGGCGGCAACAUCGAUGAUGUGACCGUGAUUAUGCUCAUGACGCUGCUGUACUCGUACGACACGUCCGUGCUGCUGAGCACGGAUACGGUUAAUCCGUACACUGCACGCCUGCCCAUUAUGUGGGAUGCAGAGUUUGCCAAGAGCUUCCACGAGGCACUGUGUGCGCAGGCCAACUGGCAGAUGCCAGGCCUGGAUGCCAUCAUCAAGUACAGCUUCGCUCUGGCAUUGGCCAGCCUGCGGCAUGCGCCCAGCCAGCUGCAGGCACCGGCCAGUGCGCUAAUAUCACGCGAUGAGCAGCUCAUGGACGAGGCCCUCGCCGCCAAUGUCUUUGGCUUCAUCUAUCGCCAGUUGCUGGAGAAUGAAAUGAUUUACAACAAGGAGUUUAUUUAUAGACGGGCGCAUCUCUUGAUCACCGACUUCAUCGACUUUAUGCACGCCAAGGUGGCAGAGCUGCGCAAUCGAGCGGACGAGUCGGCGCGCACGGUGAUUAGUUUCCUAAAUGAAGGCCUCGAGCCGCCUCCAAAUUCCGAUGCCAACUUUGAGCUGCUAAUGCUGUGCGUGGCCCGUCUCUAUGGUGAUCGCCGCGCAAGCCUCAGUCUGUGCAAUGAGUACUGGGGAGCCAGCGAGACGGCGGCCAUAACAGCACCAAACAGCAGCAACAACGCUGACAACGCCGGCGAGAACGGCAAAUUCUUUGCCUUCACAAACAGCUCACGGGCCGUGUCCCUGUUCAAGUUUAUCUCGAUGGCCAGCGAACUGCUGCCCCUAACGCUGUUCAAGUCGUAUCUGAAAAUGAUUACGGGCCUCACGCGCACCGAACUGGCGGCACGCAGCGCCUUCAAUCUGCUCAAGAAUACACCAGCGACGUCGUCCAGCUACUCCAUGGGCUGGGACCAUUUCUUUCAGGCAUUGGCCAGCUACUACAGACACAUGCUAACGGAUGCCUCGAGCGUCAUGAGCGCUUGCAAUGGCUACACGAAUAAUGAACAUUUCAUGCGACGCGCCCAGCAGCCGUGGAACAUAACUCCGCGCGAAACGGAGCAUCUGGUGGCUCUGAUGGGCAUCAUGCGUGCGGUGGCCGAGCAUGAUCGUGUGUCGCGCGUGAUGAUGUGCGAUCAUGCCAGCUGGCAGGCGCCGCAGUUGCUGCUCGGACUGGUGGCAUGCGCCACACCGCUGGUGCUCAAGGCAGAGAUUAUGUUCACGCUCGCCGCGCUGGCCAAAUCCAAGGAGACGGCGCGUGCCAUUUGGUUUCAGCUGGAGGAUUCACAGAUUAUACCCACGCUGGGACUGGGACUGGCAGUGAGACAGGGUCAGGGACAGGGACAGGUCCCCAGCCAGAGUCAGUGCAGCCUGCAGGAGGAGAUUGAACAGAACGAGAGCCGCCUGGAGUCGUACAAUCUGACUCGCGGCGUGCUGCAGCUGCUGCACACUCUCAUGACCACCCAUAUGCCGCGCAGCGUGGGCGCCGGUGCCCGACAGCCUGGCUACGAUCCUUACUUGAAUUUCCUGAUGGACUCCAUAAUCCUUAAGUUCUACAAUCGCUCGUACAAGGAUCCCAGCGAGAUGUAUGAGGUGGGCGCCAAGGGGCUGAAGCUUUUGUUCUAUCUCCUCGCCACGUACCGCCCCAAGGCCAUGGACUUUGUGGAGCUGCGCGACGAGCAUCCCUAUCCGGGCUAUCACGUGAUGCUGCAGCUGCAGCUCAAGUCGGAUCUGUUGUGUCUGCUGUUGCGCAUCAUUGAGGAUGCACGCGAGCGGCUGGAUGAGUACAGGCGCUUCCGCGGCAAGGAGCAACUGGAGGAGUGCGCGCUGUAUGCCCUGCUGCUGCUCGAGGUGGCGCUGGCCAAGCAGAAUGCCUUCUUCCAGGCGCACUCAGCUGCCAAUAGUUCGAUCUUGUUAUCCGGCCUGAAUCGCAUGCUCCAGGACUUUAAUCCGCGCACGCGACGGGCCGACUAUGUGCUGAAAAUCAUCAAAUUUGUCACUUACAACAGUUGGCUGCCGCGCCACGCGCUGGCGGCCAUCAAGAUACUGAGCGCGGUGACCAUGCUGCCGAAUGUCGCCUCACAGAUCCUCAACAUGUACAGUAUCGGCAGCAGCGAGAAGCUGGAGGUGCGUCAGGGCUUUGUCGAGUGCCUCGAGAUGGACGCACGCCUCUCCCAGCAGCAUGCGAAGCAGCUCGAUCCGAUUGUGCUCAAUGACUAUCAGGCCAUGGGCGAUGUGCUCAACCAUGGCGGACAGCAGCCGCCGAGCGUUGACCUCACGGACACCGAAUCGGAGCAGGAGAUCACGGCCGCCGAUGCGGCUGACAGGACACUCGGUCCCUGCUAUGAGGUGGUGGCGCUCAACGAGAAAAUACCCAUGGGUCUUGAUCUGCAGAUCAAGGCGGCCGUCGUGCAGCUGUUCGGCCUCAACAUAAGCCAAGCGCCGCCAAAUUUUGUCUACUUUCUGCUGGGCAUCGAUGUGCUCAGAGAUUUUAUGGCACGCGACAAGCAACAGAUUGGCAUCGAGAUGCAGUGCUGCUGUAUUCAUUCCUUGGUGCUGGUGCUCGAAAAGUAUCUCGAGAGUCAGCGACAUGGCCAGGAGGAAUAUUGCCCGCACACAGCGCACUUGGUGGAGAGCAUUUAUCAGUUGUUCCUGGGCUUGUGCUCGAAUCGACGCACUUCGGAGGCCAUUUUGCGCUUCUUUCGCCUGAACUGCAAUGACUUUUUGCUGCGCCACUUGAGCGCCAUGCCGUUCCGACGCUAUCGCGAGGAUCAUCUGAUGCACGCGAUGAGCCAUUUGCUCAAUUGUGUGGCCGUGGAGGUGCAUCUGGCUGCGAAUCAUGGACAGAUGACGCGCUAUAAUCUGCUGUGCGACAUUCUGCUGCUGGGCGGGCAGUCGGAGGGGCAGCGCACGAACGCGGGCAUGCCGCAGGACCUCAACAACAGCAUGCUGACUGGCACAGCGUCGACCAGCUGCUUUGGCAUGAAUAUGGGCCCAUCGACGGCGGCCACGUCGGUUACGCUGCCCGACAAGACACAGGGACUGCAUGCGAAUCGUCUGCUGGAGUGUCUGGUGCUCGAGGAGACCACAACGACAGCCCAGCAGCCGCGGUUGGAGUUCUUUGAUCCGGUCCUGAUGAUAAAGCUGCUCAAGGAGUGCGAGUCCCGCCCGCGACCCAGUCCAGGCAGUGUGGCCACCAGCAGCUCCUACAUGAUGAUAAAUGUACGCAAAAUGCACGACAUUCUGCACGAUGAGUUGCGCAUGGUGCAGAACACCAUUGCCACGGGACUGCUGAAGGCCAUCAAUAAAGAGAUAACGGUGCUGCUGCAAUAUGCCGUCGAGGUGAACCGUCUGCGCAAGGAGCGCUUUUCCACGCUCAAGUUUGUCGAUGCCUGGUGUCAGCUGGUGCAGAUAUUGUUCAGCAGCAUGCCCGAGGCACUGCUGCCGCCGGCACUGCGGCGUCAGUACAUCAUUGACAUCAUCGAGAAGAUGCUGCUGAAGGUGGAGCCGGUGCAGCCGCUCAUCGAGAUAUCCAUACAGAUCACCGAAACGAUUCUGCUGCUGCUGGCCAAUUUGCGCAUUUGCUACUAUCAGCUGGAGGAUCAGCGCGCCGGCGACGAUGGCGAUGGCGGCAAAGACACACAGUCCAAGAUCUUUGGCAUGCUGACGGGCAACUCGAGCAAUCUGCGCUUCAUCCUGAAGCGCAUUGUCGAGUGGAUUAUGAUGAGCGGCGUCAGGUCACAGAAGCUGCGCAUCAAUCUCUACGCCGCGCUGCUCAAUUGUCUGCGCAUUGUGAAGCGUCUGCGCACCGACGAGGAGGUGGACUUUCAUGAGAGCGUUGCGUCACGACUGGAGCCCUCCAAGCAGCAUGUUAACGAUCAGCGGGGUGAGCAGGAUAAGGAUCGCCUCAAGGAGAUGGCCUCGGAGGUGAUUGGCGUUUAUGGCGAGAAGCUUGUCGAUUCCAUCUGCCACGAUGCAGUCACCGGACACGAUGUCUGCCGCAUGCUGGCCCUGGCCUGCCUCGAGAUGAUCUCCGAACUGGAUGCGGUCAGCACUCUCACCGAAUUUGUCGUCUCUCGCGGCUAUCUCAAGCUGCUGCUGGACAGUCUGGCCGCUUCGAAUGAUGCGCUUAGCGCCACACUCCAGCCGGUGCCCGAGAAUCUGCGGCAGUUGUACGUGUACGAGGCAAUUUUGGCCUUCCUUACGCGCCUGUCGCAGACGCGGCCGGGCGCACGCCUGCUGCUCGCCGAGGGCGCCCUAGGUGUGUUCGCCAAUAUGCGUGUGUUUGAUCUGCAGCCGGAUUUGAAGGACAGCGAAUUGCGCAAGGAUGCGCAGGGCUUUCUGUCGGACACAUCCGAACGCUUUCAUGCCAUACUCCAGCCGGUGUUGGUCCUCUGCGAUGGCAUUCUCAGCAGCCUGGGCUCACAGAACUAUUCGGCGGCGCUGCAGGUGCUCAACUUUCUGUUUGCCCACAUCGAAAUGGUCGAGACUAUGCUGCGCACGGCCACCCCGCUGAUGGAUUUGGGGCGGCUGCAGCAGCUGGCCUCGAUCACAAAUCUCUUUUCGCGCACCUCCACGCCCCAACUGUGCAACGAGAUGGAAGGCAGCAGCGUGGAUGUGGAGCGUGAUUUGGAGUUGUAUAAUAGAUUGAAUCGAUUGCAGCAGCUGAUGAUUGUGGUCUUUGGACGCUUCACGGUCACCGAGGACACCAUUCGCCAAAUUCUCAAGCAGCAGCAUGUGGAGUCACUGCCGCAGAGCCAGAGGAGUCGCUACAUCAAGUAUUUCCUGGAAAUUGCCGCCAAUCUGUCGCUCUACUGCCGCCAUGCCGUCACCAGCCAUGUGCGGGACAGCGCCACCUCCAAGUUUCUGCUCACGACCAUCGUCAAUGAUGUGACACCACUCACGGGCAAGACGGAUGGCAAGAAGCUGACGGCCAUAAUGCACACAAUUAUCGAGCAGCUGAAGGGUUCCAUAGGUUACUAUCUGUCGCAGAAGUCGCAUGCCGAUAUUCUGCUGCAGCAGCGCUCCUCGUUGCCAAACAUUAACUUCGGUCCCAGCGGCAAAGAAAGCUACGUGGAGCUGAGCCAGCGGCACAGCGAGAAGCGCAACGAGCUGAUGCUGGCCGUCUUUAUAGCCGAACAGAAUCUGUAUUUGCUGUGGAUACAUUUGGACUUUUACAUGCGCAACGCGGUGAUAUUUGCCAGCGAGAAUCGCAGUGCCAUCAAUGAGAGCAAUCUGGAGAGUAUUGGCGGCAACUACAGCGUCUCCGUGCUGCAUGCCACACCCGAUGAGAUACUGCAGCUGAAGCAGCAUCUCAUUUCCACCUUCAACGGGACCUUUUGCGCCGAGCUGAUCGCCGCCAGUGAAGAGCAUACCGUCAAGUGCAAGGGCUUCAAUGGUUCCCUGUUGCGUCGCAUUAAGGCGCUGGUGCAGUUUGCUGCUUCCAAUGGCAAUGCCAAUAACAAGUCCUUUAUAUAAGUUUUGCAAUUUUCUAAACCUUAUCCCCCCCCCCUAACAUGUUACUUCCUGUAUUAGUUUUAUAAUAGUCUCAAAAAGAAAUAAACCAACAUUUAUUUACUGCAUCGAA